AUGAUCAACCGAAGAAAAGUGCUCGGCGUAACGCUGGUAACGCUGUUCCUGCUGCUAGUGAUCGGUUUCGAGCCAUGUUCAGGGCACGGGCGUCUCAUUGAACCCCCGAGCCGUGCGUCGGCCUGGCGGUACGGGUUCAGCACGCCCCCGAACUAUAACGACCACGAGCUUUACUGCGGCGGGUUCAACCGGCAAUGGCAGAAGAACGAAGGCAAGUGUGGCGAGUGUGGUGACCCUUUCGACAUUCCGCUCCCGAGACCGCACGAGUUCGGGGGCAAGUGGGGCCAGGGUGUGAUUGUACGGAAUUACAAGCCGGGUGCAACGAUAACGCUGCGCGUCGAGCUCACCGCAAGCCAUAUGGGAUACUUCGAGUUCCGUAUCUGCGACAACGUGCAAGCAAAACAGGACUGCCUGGACAAACACCUGAUGCGGAUCGUCAGCGGAACGCCAAGCAUUCCACACGCGAACGAUUUGAAGACCCGAUUUUAUCCGCGUAACGGCAGUCGCAUCUACGACAUGAAGGCAGAACUUCCAGCAGAUUUGAACUGCAACAACUGCGUGGUGCAGUGGAAGUACAUCGCCGGUAACAACUGGGGCAUCUGUCCGGACGGUAAUGGAGCCGUCGGAUGUGGGCCGCAGGAGGAGUUCCGUGCCUGCGCCGACGUGUCGGUCGGAGCGAAGGAGGGCCAGGACAACCGGCCAUCGCUACGGCCAGGACAGAAGCCGUCACCGACGCGAAGACCGGAUGCCAGCACGGAAUCGUCCGCUGGCGGCGAUACGGACGAGCCGGUCGAGGAGCCACCGAAGGGUGUCCAGUACAUGGGCCCGCUGGUGGCGAUUAUGUCGCUUUUUCUGGUCCUAUGUGGAUUUGCUGCACUUUAUAUUUAUCACUAUCAUGGGGGGCGGAUAAAGGCACUGAUGCGCUGGAACCGCGAGAAGGCACAGAAAAGCGGUGCACCCACCGAUCCGCCCAGUACGGUCACGGUAAGCGACGUGGAGGCUAAUGCGCCCGUACCACCGCCGCGCACCAAGCGCAUCUCCAACCAGUUCCGCGACAUCGGCGCCCAGGAAUCGAGCAUACUGUCCGGCAGCACCAAACGACAAUCGCCUCUAGAAAUCGGUGUUAACCGGAAGCCGGGUGGAAGCGACUGA